UUCAAAUUAUUGUCAUAGUUACCGUUAAAUAGAAGUUUUUAAACGAAAUGGUCUCAAAUUAUACAAUUUUAAAGACUAAUUUAUUAGUUAAUUGAUCUUUUGAAAUUAAUAUACAGUUACAUAUUGUUAAGUUCGCAAAGUUAAGUAAAAUGGUGUGUUCAAGUGAAGUAGAAAAUGUAAUAAAGUACACCAAGACUCCUACAUAUUUAAAACAUUUAACAAGAAGUAAUGAAGAAAUAAUUUUGAUAUGCGGCCAAAAACCAAAGUCUGUUAACAUAAAUAGUGAUGAUGAUUCAAAUGAAGAUAUUACUGUUAAUAAUGAAUUAGAUUUAACAGGAAGUCCUUUAACAUUAGAUCUAAGUAAAGAAGAUUCUGUUUGUUCAGAUAUUAUUGAUCCUAUAAAUUGGUGGACUGCAGAUGAAGCCAAACAUUAUCCUAUUAAUUUGCAGCAUGCAAGGAAGUACUUGAACUUGUUGUAUAGGAGUAAAGGAAGUGAUAAUUCAGGUGAUGCAACAAAAAAGUAUUUCUGUCUAUGUGAUGGAAAAAAUGAAGGCAAAGUUGUUAUAAUUGGUUCUUGCAAAAAUGAUACAUUAUUUAGCAGAACACUAGUGUACGAUUAUGGCUGUCUUUCUUCUUUGGAUCAAACAAUUAAAGUAGAUUCCAUGAAAAAAAAGCAUAUGUCUAAUGCUAAUUGCUCUACUGCAGAAAUUGAUAAUAAUGUCUGUGGAUUAUAUUCUAUUUUUGGCAAAGAUCUCUCAAAUGCUCAUGUAUCUACUAAUUCAGAAAUGAUAGGAAGUGUUUUGAUUGAUGCGCAAUGGAAAAACUGUGAAGUUGAUAUACCUCAGUACAAAUCCGAAUUACAACUGAAAAUGCAACUUAUAGCAGGCCAUACUCAAUCUCUGAUGCAAAAGUUUUGGAACAAUAUUGUAAUUCUUCACUAUCUAAUUGAUAUAAAAUUAAAAAAUAAAGCAACAUUUCUUGAAAAUGACAUGUAUUGGAUAGAGUAUAAGAGUUUCACUAAAUUGACUCAACUCAUUACUGAAAUUCUUAAUGAACCAACUUUUAAACAUUCAAAUACUGUAAAAGACCGAGCCAGUACAUCAUUAAGUUAUUUGAUAACUAGUAUUGCUGAAAUUAAGGAAGAAACAAUUUUUGAUAAGCUCUGGAGAUUGCUGAUUUCCUGUAAAGAAGUAAGCGAUUUAAAAGACUGCUUUUCUAUAAUUUUUGAAGACAUUGCUCAAAAUAAUACAUCUCGUUUGCUUAUUCCAGAUGACGAUCAAACCAAUAUAGCACACAUAAUUACUAGUUUAUAUAGUGGCAAAAUGGCAGUGCCAAAUAUUACUGAAAAUCAAGCGUUAGAACUCCUUAUUGAACUUGGAAUUGAGAAAUUGAGAAGAGAUUACGUUUUUAUCAUCAAUUAUUUUCAUUUUAUGCCAAAAGAUACUUUUUCUGAAAAGUGGAACGAAGGUUUAGCUUCGAAGGAUACAAUAGAAAGCUUUCAACCAAAAAAAUCAUUAUUUAAGCCUACCAUGGAGCAUUUACGAAUUGCUAGAAGUACAAUGUGUUCUCAGUCUUCCAUGAUAAAUUUAUCUGAAUGUGUUCUUAAACUAAAUAAACUUGCACAGUUACACAUUUCAUUGGAAUUUCUACUAAUGAUGGAACAGUUCUGUGCAUUAAAUAAACCUGUUUCGUAUUAUCCCUUGUGUAGUAGCGUUUUCGAGCGUUGUUUUGAUUUAAAAUCUUGCAUUCAAUCAGCAGCACACUUAAAAAGUAAUCCUCUUUGUCAGAUUUCAAUACCUGUUAAUUAUGAAGACGUAAAACUCGACAAUAUACAUACUCUUAUGUGGCGUUUGGAAAUGAAAUCUAAGCAUAGAAGCUCUGAAGUAACUACAGUUUUUCUUCUAUCUGACGAGUCUAUUCUUCCUCCUACUGUCUGUAACAGAGAUAUGUUGGAAGUCCAAUCGGAUUCAAAAUCAGUUUUUGUUUUAGAAAUGGUUACUUAUACCCAGUAUAAACGACCAUAGUAAACUGGUAAUACUCACAACAUUACAUCUUCUAUGUUUUAGGGCUAUCCUGUUUAAUGGAAUAAAUUAUAUACUUUUA